CCUUUGAUCAUAUCCUUAUAAAUAUUUUUAAUGAAAUAUUGGUUAAGUACUUAUCAAAAAAUAAAAUUUCAUUUGAUAAAAGCACGAUUCAUAACUUUCAGGGCUGGAGGCACAGGUUAAACUUAAUUAAUUAAUCUAAUUUUAUACAUACUGUUUAUAUACCUAUUGCAACAACUUAAGAGGGAAAGACUGAAAAAAACCUAUAUGUUGGAGAACCACUUAUAGACACAAUACGACAGCAAACCAGUUUGAUCAGUUGAUACUCGGAGAUAACAGGUGACAUAUCAAGACAUCAGAUAGUAUAUAGGGAUUUUUAGGAAAGUUAUUCAUAAAUAUUGGCUAAAACAUUAAUUACAUUUUAAAAACUUUAAAAUUUUUGAUUACUCUUUUUUUUUUUUGUCAGUAUUUUGGCAAAUAGUUAUACUGCAGAAAAUUUUUAGGAGUAGAUUAUGCAAAAGAGUGUCCUGAUUGCAAUACAAUUUUUUAUUCAGCUACAUCUUUGUUGAUGCACUUUUUUAGUCAUAUAAAUAAUGAUAAUCUGAAGAGUACUAUUAUAGAAAAUAAUGCUAAAAGUGAAGAAAAAAAUAGUAACCGACCUUUAAAUUUAAGUAAAAAUGAUUCUGAUUUUUCUUGGAAAUAUUGUUUAACCACCUAUGGUAAAGACACAAUAAAUGUACUGAAUUCACCUAAAGUUAGUAAAACAAAAAUUGAAAAAGUUAAAAACUAUGAGUGCCAAUUAUGUGAAAAAAAAUUUGGAUGGUCUACUGAUUUGAAAAGACACAUACUAACUCAUACAGGAGAAAAACCAUAUAAAUGCAAUUCUUGUCAAUCAGCAUUUACUAGAAACUUUUUACUUCAAAAACAUUGUACUCGAGUUCAUAAAUCAAUUUCAACAGAAGAAUCUAGAAAACUGGAUUAUCACGUUUGUGCUAAAGUUGCUGAAAUUAAAAUGAAAAUGGAUGAAUUAGACAAAAAAAAAUGUAAAGAAAACAUUUGAGUAAGUUAAUGAUAAAUCAAUAAAAAUUUGAAUUUUUAGAUCUCAAUUAAUAUUAGUUUAGGUAUCUAUCUAAAAUUAAAGGUAUAGAAAUGUAUUUUUGAGUAAUAAAUUUGUUUUAUAGAAUUUUCUAGGGUUAACAUAUAUUUUGUUAUUUUUAAUAUUAAUAUUAACUCGAGGAUAGUUUAAUGUAGUUUAUUUUAAUAAAUAAAUAAAAAAACCAAUGUAUUAAGGUAUGUGACAUUUUAUUUAUGACUAUUACUUGUAUUCGUAUAUAUUUAAUGU